AUGUUGUCUGCAACUAAGCCCAUCCUUAUUCCACAACGGAAGAAACUAUUGGAUCUGCCAUCGGAGACAAUGGGACUGAUACUGAGCAAUAUUAGCGUGGAAGAUCUUCAGAAAGUACUCCUGACCAGCCACACCAUGCGUAAUGUGGCCACCGAUUGUCUCACAGGCACAGAUGCGCUCAUUCGAGAUUUCCAACGGUUUGAGAAACGCAAGGAUGUCGAAGAAGGGCUUUGUGUAUGUUGUGAGCGCCAAAAAAGCAACGAUAUGCUGGAUAUAAUACGCGUGGGUAUGGCAAUAUGGGGCGUUGAUGUGGUUGUCGAGGCAACGGCAAGGCAUCACAGGUCGCGUUUAGGCCUGAUGGAUGAGAAUGGGGCCAAUGUAGUGACACAAAUACUCGUCCUGAUAUUCCAAAGUGCAUGUACACUCUCAUCACGAGGUCUUUCACUCCGUGUGUUGGAACUCUUCUCAUCUCGCGCGACUUUGGAGAUGGCCUUGAAUCGCGGGUGCGUAAUGGAUUGUCCGCUCAUGGUGCAUGUGUUGCUUUGUCGCAUCACAGAUCUUACAAGCGAAGAGCUCAGCGCCGCACUUAAUCAGGCGUGUUGGGCAGGAAGCUCGUCGGUCGUGGAGCUUCUUCUUUCAAAAUCGGACGUAGAUCCAUCUGUUGACAACAGUACAGCCUUGUCGUAUGCUUGUGCCGAGAACAAGCCAGAUAUUGUACGUCUGUUGCUCCAAGACAUACGUAUGGAUCCCGCAGUAAUCCACUUUGGCUCAUUCCUGCAGGCCUGUAAACACGGAUACGUGCGUGUAGUCAAACUAAUGCUUGACGACGGCCGUCUUGAUCCAUCUGUCCAGCAGAACGAAGCCUUUAUACAGUCUAGUCUACAUGGUUGCUGUGAGGUCACACAAUUGCUACUCACGGAUACAAGGGUAGACCCAGCUGCCAGACACAGUUGGGCACUUCGGAAAGCGUCGCUCGGUGGCACAUUUAGACAUCCUGGCUUCUCCUCAGCCGUUCUAAACAAUACCACUACGCAGCACUAUAUUAAAAUAGUCCAGCUUCUAUUGGAAGAUGGAAGAGCCGACCCGUCUGCUCAUGAUAACGAUGCAUUUAUUGGUGCAUGUGACCUUGGGUUAACAGAGAUUGCCGAGCUGCUCAUACGGGACAAUAGAGUCGAUCCUACGGCUAGAAAUAAUCGCGCAUUGUUAGAAUCCAAAAAAAAAGGAUACGAUGGCUUAAUACAGCUGCUUGGCAAGGAUGAGAGGGUGGCCCAACUAGUAACGGCAGAGGAAAAGAUUGGUACUUGCAAGUGUGCAUUAGAUAAGUGCAAUCAUCCAUCAGACGCAUCCAAUUGUUAGGACAGCAAAUAUCAUCUUCUCAUCUCGAACUUAUUCUUACAGUUUAAUUCGAAUUGGUCGUGAGAUAGAUGGCUUUUCGUUCUUUCCAGAUCUGUCAUAUCCGUAGUAUAUAUAUAUAAUAUAAAUAUAGUAUUAUGUUAUAUAUAUAUAUAUGUUAAAUAUAUCUGGGCGAAAGUAGUGAACGUCUCAAUAAACAUGCUUCUAUAC